UAUAGCAAGGUUAAUCUGUCUGAUAAGACUUUACUACGUCACAAUAAUAACGGGAGCCACAUCUGACGGAAUGAAGGUUCCACUGACUACGCCGCUGUACCUCCUCCCGGUGGUGCUAUCAGUGGUUCUGGGGGAGUACACAGACCCCCACUGUCAGGGUAAACAGGUCAUCGUUCAUCUGUUUGAGUGGAAGUGGUCAGACAUCGCCAACGAGUGCGAGAGAUUCCUGGGAAAGAAAGGAUUCUGUGGAGUUCAAGUUUCACCUCCAAAUGAACACGUUGUGGUCACACACCCCAUGCGUCCGUGGUGGGAGAGGUAUCAACCGGUCAGUUAUAAACUUCACAGCCGGGGAGGAACCGAGGCUGAAUUCAAAGACAUGGUCACCAGGUGUAAAAACGUAGGAGUCAGGAUUUACGUGGAUUCCGUGAUGAAUCAUAUGGCAGGACUGGGAAGGGCAGGUCAAGGUUCGGGAGGCACCUCCUUCAACUCUGACAAUUAUGAUUUCCCGGGGGUGCCGUUUAGAAGGGAAAACUUCAAUUCCAGGGACAAGUGCCCUUCUCACGAUGGUAAUAUUAAUAAUUAUGGAGACCCUAACAAUGUCAGGAACUGUUUCCUUGUGGGACUCACGGACUUGGAUCAAAGUCAAGAAUAUGUCAGAAACAAAAUGGCCGAGUAUUACAACCAUUGCAUAGACUUAGGGGUAGCUGGAUUUAGGAUAGACGCUGCAAAGCAUAUGUGGCCAGGGGAUAUUAAAGCCAUUCAAGACAGAACAAAGGAUCUUCCAGAGGGAGGCAGACCGUUUUUCUAUCACGAAGUCAUUGAUCAAAAUGAUGGUGCAAUAAAGGUCGGGGAAUACACUGCCCUGGGGUAUGUGACAGAAUUCAGAUAUUGCCAGAAGAUUGCGGAAGGGAUACGUAAUUUUGGAAUGCUUCACGGAGUUUACGAUCCCGGUUGGGGAAUGACUGAUAGUUCUCACGCCUUUGUUUUUGUUGAUAACCAUGACAACCAAAGAGGACACGGAGGAGGCGGUAAUCUCAUCACUCAUAAGUCACCACGUGACUACAAAAUGGCGGUUGCUUUCACCCUGGCAUACAACUAUGGAUUUACCCGAGUCAUGAGCAGUUAUUAUUUCCACGGCUCGGAUGAGGGACCUCCCCAUAACUCUGACUACUCAGCAAAAGACGUUACCAUUAACGCCGACGGUUCCUGUGGUAAUGGAUGGGUAUGUGAACACAGGUGGAAUCCAAUAGCCAACAUGGCAGCCUUCAGGAAUGCCGUGGCAGGAACCGAUGUUAAUCACUGGAGGAAUGAAAAUGAGGAAGUGUCAUUUGCUCGCGGACAGAAAGGGUUCUUUGCCAUGGCCAAACAAGGUCACAUGGACAGGACUUUACAGACGGGGCUACCAGCUGGAGAAUAUUGUGAACUUGUUUCAGACUGUAAGAAAAAAAUCACAGUGGAUGGAAGUGGUAAUGCCCACAUUGUGAUUGACAACAGUGCAGAACCAAUCAUAGCCUUUAUUGUUGGUGGUCCGACUGGUCCGACACAAACAUUAGGGGGCGGAUCUAGCGGCUCAGGAGGCCAACAUGCGUCAUCAGCUCCUGCUACAUCUGCGCCCUCUGUCGGCCCGGCCCCACAAGGAUGGGCGCGUACUGUUAUCAUGAUUCAGAAAGAAACAAAUCCAGGACAGGAUCUGUUUAUUCGAGGAGGGAUCGACCACAAUCACAGACAAGGAUGUACAAGUGAUGCUUCAACCAGCGCAUGCGCAAUAGCGAUAAGGGCUAAUAAUUUGGGAAGCGCUGUGCAUUAUGCUCCAUACAAUACUUGGAGUACGGGCGAUCGCCAUCUUGACUGGUAUGGAAUGGAAGCUGGACAACACAGUUACCAAGGUAAAACGCCUUCCGGAACUCCAGCAUCCUGGACUACAAACGUGAAAGGGCAGUCUGGGUAUAACCCACUCAACACGUACGGUAUGCACUAUUGGUUGAUUGACGUACAGAUGGACUGCUCACAGACUGAAAAUGGUUGGUUUGAAUUCAAAUCCGUAGUUAAUGGACAGUGGGAGGGAAACAUACACGGACAGAGUUGUGGGAGUCCCCCUUACUCCUCUCCGAACCACUGGGCCAAGUGUGGCUAUAAGAACGUCUAUCACUUCAACAGCGGACGGUGUGAAAUCACGGAACUCAGCUGAGAAAAUGAUAUAAAGUUCAUGGACAUUUUAUGUUGCUUGUAUAUUUUGAGAUUAAAUUUUUUACCCGUGAAA